AUGCAAAAGUCCAUGGACAAGAUGGUGAGCAAGAUCAAGAGUUUGGAGAAGAAGGUUUCUGGUUCUUCAUCCAAGAAGAAGAAGGCAACCAUGGCCCCCACAUUCCCUAGGAGUAGAUCUCUCCUCACCACCCCAAGGAGGCUUCAUACCCAAGAGCCUCACAGAGCCUCAUCAUUUGAGCCAAGGGAAGGAGAGGACAACUCGCAGAGGAGGAGGAAGAGUUUCAAGGCUCGACGCUCUAACUCGAAAAUCCAAAAGAAAAGAGUCUUUUGGAGCAUUCUGGAGCAUAUGGGACGUGAGGAGCAUGGAGGGACUUGGCAUGGACGCAGCUCAACUGGAUACGCAAAGGAAGAAGGGAGAAGCCAUCUUGAAGACCAGCUCGACCUACUCGACCAACCGGUCGAGUUCCUCAACUCGACCGGCCAAGCUUCAACUCGAUCGAGCUGA